CACCAUUUAGUCGGUGACCAAGCUUUGGUGUCUAUCGUCGCGUAGUCGGUGUUAGAUUUGCUUACACCAAAUAAAAACUACCUCCGGAAACAAAAAAGUGCAGCGCAACUGCAAUCGAUGUAAACAACAAUUGACAUUUCGUAAUCGCAUUUUUGUUUUGAUUUAUUGAGUCAAGUGCUGCAAAAUUGUGCGAAUACUUUUUUUUGUUUUUGUUUUCCUUUUUUUUUCUGUAAUUUUUUGGCGGUGAACAUGAUUUGGGUUUUGGUAGAAAAGAACGCUUUUUUGCUGCACUAUUGUUUUAAGCAAUCAUGAUAGUUUAGUUAUUGGGAAGACCAAAGCAAGUGCGGCGCGUUGCAGAAACAGCUAGUGAAUAUCCGAUUUUAUCGAGAGGUAAUGGCCUAUGAAAGUGUGUUUGACGAAGAUGUCGAGAAAUUAAGUAAACUAAUCGAAACUGGCACUUUUCGGUUUAAAAUUGUAUCGGCUAGAUGCUCUCCGGGUAGUAGUUCUGGUGACAACUAUAUGUCAGUAGUUAAACGGAUCGUACUCAUUGGCCGAGAUUCUGACGAGAACGAAAAAAAUACAUCAUUGAUUGUAAAGAGACAAAUAGCAAGCCUUUCACGUCGUGAACUUUACCGUUGCGAUGAGGCUUUUGGCAAUGAAAUUUCAGCAUUUAACGAAGUUGUUCCGUUAUUAGAGAGGCAAACCACCUCAGGACUGAUCUUUCCCAGAUGUUACUUUGCUGGUAGCGAUGAAGCAGGUGAUAUCAUAGUUUUAGAAGAUUUAAAGGAACAAAACUUUUCCAUGCGAAAUCGUCUUCAUGGACUCGACUUUGAACAUUGUAAACUUGUUAUGGAAGAGUUGGCUAGAUUGCAUGCCGCCUCAAUUGGAGCUAAACGUGCUGAUUUCUACGAAUUUCGAUCAAAGAUGGAAUGCCUUCGUGAUAUAGUGUAUUGUGAAGAAGCUCGAGAAUUUUAUAAAAAUGUUCUCGACUCUGCUAUAGAUGAAGCUGUUAACAGCUUAAGAACUUCAAAUACUGAUGGUUGUCUUACUGAAGCCAUUCGCCUUAUAGAAAUAUUACGACCGACACUUUUUGAAAAAUUAAAAGCCAAUAUUUCCUCGCAAAUGGCGCCCAACACAGUGAUAUGUCAUGGUGAUCUUUGGAUAAAUAACAUGAUGUUCAAAGAUGAGAAUGCAACUGGAAAGCCAAUUGCAGUUAGGUUCUUUGACUUGCAAGCAAUGCGCUACACGUCUCCGGUUUUCGACAUACUUCACUUUCUCUACACUAGUACAAAGCGAGAUAUGCGCGAUGUGUACCUGGCAAAAAUUCUAGAAACUUAUUGCAAUCGUGUUAACAUGCUUAUUGAUCAACAAAACUAUCAAGACAUUGGGAUAGAUCUUGAUGCUAUUAAGAAAUCCUUUUCUUUACAAAGUAUUAUAGAAGAGUUUAAGGAAAAAGUCCUCUAUGGACUAGCUAUAUGUAUGUGGAUUCUGCCUGCUGUGACAUUCGAUGUAAAUAAUCUACCUAACUUGGAUUUGUUAAGCGAGACAAAUCAGGAUGGAAAAGAGCUUAAAUGUACGCAGAAACUUACCCCGGAAUAUCAUUCCCGAAUAAGGGAUCUGGCUUUGGAGUUCUAUGAAAAUGGUUUCCUAAAUUGUUCUGAAUGAGUCAUUUUUUAUUUGAUUGUUUUGUGACUGACUUGUUAAAAAUAUCGUUAAAUGUUCAAU